GCCUGAACCAAGGAGACAGAAGUGAGUAAAGCAAAUAGGUUGCGAAUCCCUCUCUCAGAUAAAGAGCUAACAGAGAGAAUGGCUAUUGCCUUCAAAUCAACCAUUUUUCUGCAAAACAAACGUUUCGAAACGCAACCCUUCCCUGCAUCUUCAUCCUCAAUCAGACUUUCUGCAAGAAGAACUUUCACAACAAUGGCUUCCCUUGCCGUCGCCGCCAAACCAGUCGUCGGACUUUCAGAGACAUUCAAAAAAUUGAGGGAGCAAAACAAAGUGGCGUUGAUUCCUUACAUCACAGCCGGUGAUCCUGAUUUGUCAACCACAGCAGAAGCUCUGAAAGUGCUUGACUCUUGUGGCUCAGAUAUAAUAGAAUUGGGUGUACCAUACUCUGAUCCUUUGGCAGAUGGUCCUGUUAUUCAGGCUGCUGCUACUCGUGCUUUGGCAAAGGGAGCCAAUUAUGAUAGCAUUAUCUCCAUGCUGAAGAAUGUCAUACCAGAACUUUCUUGUCCAAUUGCAUUAUUUACAUACUACAACCCGAUACUGAAGCGUGGCGUUGAGAACUUUAUGUCCACCAUUAAAGAUAUCGGUGUCCAUGGGUUAGUGGUACCGGAUGUUCCCUUGGAGGAGACAGAAGGCCUGAGAAAGGAAGCUCUUAAGUAUGGAAUUGAAUUGGUAUUGUUGACUACACCAACUACCCCCAAGGAUCGAAUGAAGGCAAUUGUUGAUGCUUCAGAAGGCUUUGUCUACCUUGUGAGCCAAGUUGGAGUUACAGGAGCUCGAGCAGAUGUUGGUGCACGAGUUGAAGAACUACUAGCUGAAAUAAAAGAGGCUACUACAAAGCCCGUGGCUGUCGGCUUUGGCAUCUCAAAACCCGAGCACAUAAAGCAGGUGGCCGGAUGGGGAGCUGAUGGUGUGAUUGUUGGCAGCGCCUUUGUUAAAAUCUUGGGCGAAGCGAGUUCGCCUGAAGAAGGGUUGAAAGAACUCGAGAAGUUUACCAAGACUUUAAAGUCUGCCCUUGUUUGAGAGAAUGGUCUGAAUAAUAGUAAUUGUUAUUUGUAUUGUAAUUUGUAAUACAUGUAGUUUCUUCUCACCUAUUACAAUAUGAUAGAUUCAUCAUACAAUAAAAGAUCAUGUAGCAAGUAACCGCGAGCCGUACCAUUCUGUUGUAGUCUAUCCUGAGAAGUCUUUGGGUUUUUGUAAAACUGAACUCAAUUUGAUUACCAUUUUUUUGGUGAA